AUGGCUCCUCCGACGGCUGCCGAGAGCGAAGCUCAUCAGAAACUCCUUGACCGUCUCGACAUUGCGACUGUUCCACGCCCCUUCCGAAGCCACACAUGGAGACCAUCGCAACGCCGAAACAAGAACGUCAAGCAGCUUCUCUCCGACAGCUCAAGAAAAGAGGCUUCGUCGCUUGCUACGCAAGCAAACUCCGGUGCAACGACCCCUGGAGCCACCGCCAGUACAGAUGGGAGCCAAACACCUGCCGAGGGUAACCAGCGAACAGCAAACAUUGCCCAGGCCGCCCAGAACCUCCAGACGCUUGUGCUGGAGAAGAAUGCACGCGCUGCCUUUUCUUCGGGGCCGUCCGUGACUUAUACGAACAUCGAAUCCGCUCCUUCGCUACACCCGUCGCAGCAACGGCCGUACUGCGACAUUACUGGGUUGCCGGCUUCCUAUACCGAUCCGAAGACGCGGCUACGAUAUCAUGACAAGGAAGUCUUCGGCGUGGUCAGAACCUUGGGACAGGGUGUGCCAGAGAGUUAUCUCGAACUUAGGGCUGCCCAUGUCGUGCUGAAAUAA